ACGUUGUGAACGACACCAACACUGCAUUGUAUAUCUCAUUCACAAAGAAGUCCCUCUUGCUUGCCUCUUGAGAGAGAGAGUCAACGAGAAUGGCGAGCAAAGAAGAAGACAUGGCAGAAGCAGAAGAAGAAGAAGAAGAAGGACCACCGCCUGGCUGGCAAUCUUUCCCUCCAGAACCAUCUUUACCACCGCCUCCAACACCACCUCCGCCGCCUUCAGAACUGGGUCAAAUGGUCUGUGGCUCUUGCCGCAGACUGCUUUCGUAUCCAAAAGGAGUCAGACAUGUUCAGUGCCAGUGUUGUCAGAUGAUCAACUUUGUACUUGAAGCUCAUGAAGUUGGGCAAGUGAAGUGCGGUAGUUGUGAUGUAUUACUUAUGUAUCCAUAUGGGGCUUCAUCUGUUCGAUGUUCCUCAUGCCGUUUCGUGACAGAAAUUGGGGAGCAAAACAGGCGACCACCAUGGUCUGUGAUACAAGGGUACCCUCCCCGUCCCAUGCCGUCCAACCCCAUUUCCUGAGUGAUCAUCACCGUGAUAGAUUUUUUUUCUGAUACCAUAACUGGGCGCUGUUCACUUCUUGGGAUGUUCUGCUUCCAAAGUCUCUCAAGAGACACUUCUGUGGUUGCUUAGCUAUAUAUAUCAAUGUGCAUGAAUAGUGGAUGCUCAUUGCCCUCACAGAAUUAUCAUCUUUUUUAGGUAUACAUCAAAAGUGCUUUAACCUUCUUAAAACAAGUGAUUGUAUGUUUUAGGAAAGCCCAGCUAUUAUGCUCUCCAGCUUGAGUCCGGGAAGUUCUUAGGUAUGGGUGCUGCCAUCCCAGUGUCUUCUUUUUGUCAAAUCCAUCUUUUACAGGAAUGUCGAAGCUAUUUAUGCACUCUGCCAUUGAUCUUUAUUGCAUAGAUUGGCAUUUCUGUGUACUUAGUGUCUGUGCCAAUUUAAAGAAUUUUGUUUUUAUUAGGUUUUUUAAUCACAUGCAGAUAUUUUGUACAAGAUCCUUUUGUUCUGGAUGUAACUUUUCAAGUUAUUCAAAGCAGAAAGAAAAAUGUUUUAUGUCU